AUGAAGUUUAUAAUGGCAGCAAGUCUUUUUGUAGCAAUGAUGCUCUAUUUGUCAAUGGGAGAGACAAAACCAUACAGACCAAUCCAUUAUAGUGACUACACACCUGGAAUGAUUCAGCACCACGAGCAGGGAAAACCCACCAGCAGGCACAAGAAUCACUGUGCGUAUGUGAUUGAAAGAACAGUGUCCUUCACUGUUCAAGACGGUGCAGCCCCAUACGUUAAAGCUGAGUACAAGAAGUGUUCCUGGCAUAAAAAAUGUCCAACUCUUUUGUAUCGCCUGAUCUACAAGCCAAUCUAUAAGGUGGCACAUAAAACUGUCACAGAGCUUGAGUGGCGUUGUUGUCCUGGGUACUCUGGCUACGGCUGCAUGGAGGGGCCCCCAGCUUACCAAUAUCCAAUGAAAAGCAUGCCCCCAUUUAAAGGUCCACCAUUCCAAUACAAAGGUCCUAUGUUCAAGGCUCCACCCAUUAACCCUCUUGUCAAAGCCAACCCAUGGAAUCAACCUAAAGGACCACCUACCAAUGGUUAUAACUCUUACCCAAUGCAUCACUUUGGACCACCAAGGUCUUCCAACUACCCAGACACCUCUUUUGAGCCUUAUCCAGAUGCACCCGAACCAAUACUGGACCACAAAGAGGAACACCUUAUAGAGCAUGAACAAGAACAUGAGCUAAAACAGAGACCAGAGGAGAAUAUUACAACUCCAACUGAUGACCAACCAGCUGAAGGCCAGGCUCUAGACGGUGAGACGGAGGAACGCAUAUAUCGAAUGGAGGAAGAUGUACGACGUCUAAACCAGGGUUUGGAAACUGUGAGGGGAACUGUGAAUGGCCUGGAGGAGAGCCUUCGAGCCUCGCUGAGAGAGGAUGCCAACAGGAUGCUGUCAGCUCUGCUGUCUGCUGCCCCUAGUACUCUCUCUGCCCCCCGUGUAGAUUCUAGCCCCUCCAGAAUAGGCUUUGUAGAAAUUCCUGGGGGGGAUCCUGAUGCAGAAGGCCUAGAUGGCAGACAUGUUAUUCCAGAUAUUACCAAUCUAAAUGGAAGAAUAGAAGAGCUCAGGACAGAGCUACAAGCAAAGACAGCUUUGCUUCAGGAGCUUAAAGCCACAGUAUUGACACAUGAUGGGGUACUGAAAAAGAUGUCAAUCGGGGUGGUAUCAGACUCUGCCCGUUUUGAGGGACAACACCAAAAAUCUACAGAGCAGCUGCUGGAUGCCAAAUUGAGUGCUGCCAAGACAGACAUUUUGGAUGGGUUUGAAAAGCGCGUGGAGAGUGCAGAGGAUCGAUGUGAGGAGAAAUCAGAAGAUGUGUAUCGUCAGUGUCAAAAGGAACAAAGUGAGAGGCAGGAAAAAAUGGAAGAUACCCUUGUAGAAAGUACAAUUAAUUUGAGUUUAGAGCUCAGAAAGCUCCAAGCACAGGUUCAACAUUUAAACACAGAAGAAAACUGCUGUGCUACAGUGAGGGAACUCAGUAAAAGGGUGCAUUUAGUAGAAACAUCAGUGGGAGGCCUCAAUCAGUCCCAGAAGCAUCUAAGAGUGGAGUUAGGAGGCCAUAAAGACCACAUAGAGGGCAUGCUGGAGGGGCGUCUAAAAUAUGUAGAGACUAAGCUCAACGUGACUGGGAAACUUAAAAGUGCAGAGCCUGGAAAGAAUAGAAGCAUCUCAGACAAGGCUGAAACAGGACAAGGCCUCGAGGCCAGAAUGGACGGCAAGUUACAAGAACUGGAGGGACGUCUACUGAUGGCUUUGGAGGAACUGGGUAAUGCUACUGCCCCUGCACUGCUGGAGGGACAUGCUGUUCCAACCCUGGAGACAGAGUUGGAGUCCCUCCGGGGAAGAGUAGAAAUGGAUGUGGACAGAGUGCAAAAACAUCUGAGCAGCCUUGAAAUGUUAUGCUCUACCUCAUGUUCCUUACCUAGAAAAUCCACAGCCAUCCAAGGGGACUCUGAUUUUGUCACAGCAGAGGAUCAGAAGGCUGUGGGGUUACUAGAAAGACAUGGUGAACAUUUGAACAGCCUCAAUAGCACAUUGCAAAACAUCCUGAAGCGUCUAACUGACAAAGAUCACCAAGAAAAAGACAAGGGUGAGCUCACAAUCCUCCAGUUUACUGUUCACUCAGUCAAUAGCACACUGAAAGGCUUUCAGGACUCUCUGGAAACUGUAGGCAACCAGGUGGGGAAAGUAAAUAGCUCUUGGCAUGAGAGAGAGUCACGCCUGGCCCAACAGAUGAAGGGCGUGGUACAACUGGUUGGACAUCAGGCUUCAAUGCUUGGUGCUGGGGAACGCAAACUCACACGGCUUAAGGGUGAGAUGCAAGAGAUGAAGAGGCGACUCGCUGAGGAGGUCCAAGGAUGUCGGAGCACAGCUAUGGGGGUGCAAAAAGAAGUAACUGAGGUUUGCGGACGUGUGGCUAAUGUUGAGGACCAAUGUAAAGGCCUUAAUUAUUUAGCAGAAGAUCUGGACAAAAUCAGGGAAGAGUUCAAAAGACAAUCAAAUGGGUUUCUCCUGAAAUUCAAUGGGACCCUCUCGAAUCAUUCCCAUGAGUUGUCUGAGCUCAGAGACAAAAUCAAAAACUGUACCACAAAGGUAGAGUCAGCACAACAGAGUUUAGAGGUUGAGUCCGAGUCACAACGGGGGGACACUUUCACUUUAAAGUAGAUCUGUUCAUAAGGUGUUAAAAUAUGAGAGAGUGAGUAAUCUGCUGGUGCCGUCAAAUUCUAUUUGUAGCCAUUUUUUAUUUCCAAAAACAAAGGUUUUAUACCUGCACUGACCUACAGUAUUUAUUACUGCAUACUAUUUAAUACAGCAAACCCUGACUGCACUCUCAGUAUUGUGAUACACCUUUACUUGACUCAUGGCGUUGCUAAGAACUGUUUGUUGUAUUGUUGGCUACCAUCUUUUUGAGCAACUAGUGACUGUGGUUGACAUAAACCACAGCAAAGUGCAUGUGUUACUGUGUUUACACAGUCUGUAUUGAAAUGUUAUUUAAAAUGUUUACAUGUGUCAUAAUGUUCUAGUUUUGUACCGUUUUAUCUUCUUAUCUAUAAAAAUAUGUGAUGAUUUUUUUUUUUACCGGAUGUACAACGUCCCUCAUUCUUUCUUCAUG